AGCUAGAGCUGCAGCCCAUAGACAAAGAGCAAAAGAUUGAGAAAAGAUAGAAUAUGAUGACUCUGACUCUAAUGCUAUGUGUCUUGCUACUGUUUGCCAUUCCAGUUAAUUGUCAGUCUUUUUGUCCUAAUAUUUCAGGACUGACAGGAACAGUUCCAAAUAGCUCAUUCACUGCUAGUGGUGUAAGGGACAACGACCGUUUGCCUCAAGCUGCAAGAAUAAGCAACGACACUAGAUCAUGGUGCUCACAGCAGCUCAAUGACAUAUACUCAUCACCAUGGGUACAAGUGGACCUAGGAGGCGAGUGCUUGGUACAUUCAGUCAGUGUGGGUGGGGAUGAAUUUCUUUUCAAUGAGUUUAUUGUCAAUUACUUUGUUCUUUAUAAGACUGAUAUCAACUCUUCACUACAAUUUAUUAUUGAUCCUCAAACUAACAAUGCCAAGGUUUUUCCAAGACUACGAGACAGUUCAGUCCAAACUAGAGAGCUUCCAAUACCAGUGUUAGCUCGAGUGAUUCGUAUAAUGGCAUUACCUGGUUCAUGGAACAGCGAUCAUGUUUGUUUGAGGUUUGAAGUCAAUGGAUGUGCUGACACUUCCAUACAAGGCACCACCUCCACUUCCUCCCUUUCACCAUCAUCCUCCUCACCAUCCUUUUCAUCUUCUAAUGUUUCACCAUCUCCUACUAUUUCCAGCUCAUCUACUAGUUCCACAACAGAAAGAGGCGCUAUUCAUACAACAUCUUACUGCUCUUGCACAACACCUUACAGCUCUUUUACAUCAUCUUACAGUUCUAUUACAACAUCAUCUUUUGCAAAAACAUCAAGUGUUUCUGAGACAACUAUUAAUUCAUCUCCAAAUUCAAAUAAUGCUUUAACUUCGACUUCAGUUAUUAUCAUAACUAGAUAUACUUUCUCCUCUUCAUCUUCCAGACUCUCCCCAUCAGCGAACAUUACUAGCACCAAUAGUCCAACUGCAGUUAAUGGUACUAAUGAUCUACUUAUGCUGGCUGCUGCAAGUGUUGGAGCAUUUGGUGGUAUAAUUCUAUGUGCUUGUGUCCUACUCUUUGUCUGCUGCCUCUUCUUUCUCUGCUGGAAGAUAAAAAAUAGAAGAAAGAAAAACAAAAAACUUCCAGCAGAGGAACCAAGCAGAUAUGAAAGUCUCAAUAUUGAAUACAGUAGAUUAAGGAGGGAUGGGAGCAGUGCCUCAUCUAACAUUAAUAGCUCACUCACCAUUUCACAAAGGAGCAUGGAGCUGAGCAAUGCCAGUAACAAUUCUGUUACAACUUUUGACGAGAUACCAGAAGUAUAUGACUAUGUGAUGGCUAGUACUAUACAUCCAGUUGUUCCUGAAGAAGAAAUGAAGCAUGAAAGACCUGCACCACCUGCUGAAACAAGAGCUCAACAUAAAGUGCCUACAAGAGUUCCAAUUCAACCCCAAGUACCUGUUAAAAAGCCGAAAGUUCCUCUCAAACCAAAAGGGGCAGGAAAAGUAUUCGUCGAUGCAAAGAUACCACCAGUUGAGGAAGAAUAUGAUGUUCCGAUACAAAGAGCAAAUGAACUGCAGCAUUAUAAAAAUAAUGAAGGAUUGAUAUAUAAUCUAACAUAUGGGGCACAAAUAUAAUUAUUAAGUGUAUGCACAAAUAUUUUUUCAUUAAUAAUA